UAUUAUUCAUUGUUUACAUAAGAGGGCGUGUCAGUCCACAAUAAUUACAAGCCAUUUCUGCUAAGGGUUGCUGUCCCUCAGUCAGUAGGCACUCCCUGAGGUCAUGUCUACACUGACAGAGAGGAAAUGGUCCCCAGCCUUGACUAGCUCUCUACUUGAGAAAAGCAAGACAAGUGGGAGUGGAAGAUUGACUACAAAGUCUUCUCUUUUGGUGAAAGCUGCUCCCAGUCUAACUGUACCAGCUAAACCAGCCACUACUAGUCCAGCAGUCACUGCCAAUGGCCCCUUGAAAGCACUCUCCAGGCCUGAGCCAACCUUAUCUACAAGAGGCUCUUUAACAAGAUCUAGUGGUACAGCAGCAACAAGCAGCAGUAGUCUAUCAACAAGAAGCUCUUUUAGUCAAAGUAAACUGACUAACACUCAGUUAGCCAGUGGGAGCAAACCAGGAAUUAGCAGUGCAAUCAAAACUGAGCGUCCUACUAAAGCUGAUUUAACAAGUCGCCAACUGACCAGCACUAACUUAACCAGCAGUAACUUAACUAGCAGUCACUUAACCAGUAGUCAGUUAACUAGUAAUAGUUUGACUACAAGUAGUACGCUAUCCAGUGGUACUGGUACUAAUAGAUCAUUAGUCACUGCUACAUCCAUUGAUAGACCCUCUCUUCAAUCAGCCAUUAGUACCACUAACAGUUCUCUCACUGGUAAACCACUGGUACACUCCAAGCCACUAACUCCUUCAAUGCUGCAGGGUAGACCAGUACCAGUUUCUACAAUGACAGCCAAGAGUCCCUUGAUAUCUAAGAGCUCUGUGGCUCUUAGCGGCAGAAAGAACACAGGAAAACCAGCCAUUAAGAAACCAACUCUAUCAACUACAAUAAAGCUAAUGAAGGCACCAACUAUUGCGACCACAUCAACCAAACCAAUGGCAACGACAGGAGCAGCUGCACAGUUAUCCAAAUCUUUAUUGAGCAGUAGCUCAGGGUCUAAGGCUGCUCCUAACACUGGAGGUCAGUCACGAUACAUUGCUGUCAUUGAAGAAUCAGAAGAACUUCCAGUCUACGACUUCACUCAGGGACCUCUGGGUACUCCUCAGUUUCACGUUCAGUUCAGUAGCCAGGGAUCAGUAAUUGAUGCUAAAUCAAUGGCUGCUCUUCCUGACGUCAUCAAAUUCAAACUGAAUCUAGUACAGACAGUAGCUACGUCUCUCCUUGCCUCUCCUGACUAUUUCAAUCGUAAAGAUCCAACUGGUUGCCACUUGAGGUCUUUAGCUAAGACCCUCUCUCACUAUGAUGGAGAGUUCCUCCUCAAAGUGGCUCUCUACACUCGCUGUGACCUCAACAUUCGAGCUACAGCCAACUACCUCCUUGCCAUUGCUGCUUCUGACCCAGCCUAUCGACCUCACCUCAAGAAGUAUUACUCAGCCAGUGUGAGACUCCCGUCCGAUUGGAUAGAGAUAGCUGAGAUGUACCAGUCCCUCCACGAUAAAUCCAUCAACUUUGGAUCCCUCCCCACUGCCCUAAGGAAAGUCAUGAGCAAAAAGUUUGUUGAAUUUGACGGCUACCAGCUGGCAAAGUAUAACAAAGACACGAGCAAAAAGAAAAAUAAAAGAAACAAAAAAGGAAAGAAAGAGAACACAAAGACAGCAGGACCAGUGAGAUCAGCUACUGCUCCAGCAGCGGAAAGACCAAAAUCAUUUGCAUCAGCUGUGACUAAACCAGUCCCUCCUAAAGUAAAGAAGAGUGUGUCAGUUGAAUUAGACAAGAAGACAAAGGAUGAUGAGUCGGAUGAUGACAGUGACACUGACACUGAUAGCGUUGAGGGAGAGAGCGAGAGUGAGAGUGAGGAGGAGCUGGAGAGACUAAAGUUUACAUUAAAACAAAUCAUACGUAAGAUUCACAUCUCACAACCAGUCGAUCACGUCAUGUGCCUCGUGGGAAAGAAAUACCCAGAGACUCCUGAGGACUUUAGAUGCUCGGGACUACCAGGAACCUGGGACCAAGACAGAGCAGGGAAGAGAAUGAAACUACCAAUCCCAGAGACUUGGGAGACACAAGUAUCACUGAAGGGCAAUAAAGCUAAGGUAUGGGAGGAGCUUAUCGACCACAAGAAGUUACCUUUUAUGGCGAUGCUGAGGAAUAUCCGUAACCUGAUCAUAGCUGGAGUGUCAAUGGCCCACCACAAGUGGGUCAUAGAGAGACUGACUGAUGAAAGGGCAGUCGUUAACAGUCGCCAGUUUCCUUUUAGAUUCUUCUCAGCUUACGAAGUCCUCAAUCAGCUUGAGAACCAAUCAAAGAUGAAGCCGAUGCCUUUUCCUGUUCAAAAGCGAUCGAUAAAACCGCUAAAGAAGCCAAAGAAAGUGAAGCCUCUUCCUGAGAUUGACUCUGACGUGAUACGGAGAUACAGGAACGCACUGGACACCUCAUUAAUGAUAGCCACUUACCACAACGUACAGCCAAUCAAGGGCUCCACUGUAGUCCUCUGUAACGCUGGAUCAGACAUGAACAAACCCUGCACUACUGCCCGUGGACUGGGUAAACCUAGGACUGUGACUGAGAUUGGAGUACUGCUGGCUCUCAUGUGUAAGUAUGCUUGUGAGAAGUGCAGUCUCUGUGUCUACGGUAACAGCUCAUACAGUCAAGUGUCACUGAAGGAAGGUACUAUACUACACAACAUGGAGCAGGUUCUUAAUAUAGUGACGACUGAUGGUCUUGACGGGCUCCCUGGGAAGGUACCUGCCGAGUUCUUACGGUCACUGCUGGUGGAUAGGGUCCAGGUGGAUAAUCUUAUACUACUGACUAACGAGAUGAAUAUGGAGAGCCAUGAUGGAAAGGGAGUGCUUAACUUCCUUGAGAAAUAUCGUCAUGUUGUGAAUCCUAACCUGCUCUUUGUUAGCAUUGAUCUCAGUGGGCGGUCAGUGGGUGUGGCUAGUACAGUAAGCCCCUCCCACCCAAACAAUAUCCACCUCUCAGGAUACUCUGAUAAGAUAUUACAGUUCAUUGCUGAGAGGUCUGAUUCAGGUCAGCUGGUCUACAUUGAGAGAAUAGACGAAGCUUACAAACUUAAAGACACCAAAGCCCCAGCUCUCCUUCCGCCCACGGGAUCAACAACCACGCCCUCACUCUCUCUCUCUGCCCCUCAAACAAAAUGGCGGACAGCGAGGAUAUUCAUCUCAUCAACAUUCCGUGACAUGCAUGGAGAGAGGGACCUCCUCACAAGGUACGUGUUCCCUGAGCUGAGGAGAAGAGCCCAUGACCUCAGAGUCUACUUGUAUGAGGUUGACCUUCGCUGGGGGGUCACUGAGGAAGACACUAAACAUCACAAAGCAAUAGAGAUCUGUAUGACUGAGAUCAGUAAGAGUAACUACUUCAUUGGGAUACUGGGCCAGCGCUACGGCUGGUGCCCUGGUGAAUACAGUGUCCCUGAUUCAGAAGAGUACGACUGGAUAAGAGACUAUCCAAAGGGAAGGUCCAUUACUGAACUUGAGAUGUACCAUGGAGCACUGGCUGACCCUGACAAGGUGGCUGGGAAGGCCUUCUUUUACUUUCGGGAUAAAGGAGUAAUGGAUGAAAUACCUACUAAAUACAUUGGGCAUUUUAAGGACGAAUCUUUCGAAAAUGAGGAGAAAAUUGAGUCACUAAAAUCUAAAAUAAGAACAAGCGGAAUUGAAGUAUUUGACAACUACCCCAGUCACUGGAUGGGCGUGGUCCAGAACAAACCAAUGCUGAGUUCCUUAGAAGACUUUGGUAAACGAGUCAUCAACAACCUGUGGAACACUAUACAGAGGGACUACCCACUGGAGGAGGAGCCUGAGAAUCCUUAUGAGCUAGCUUCAGAACUCAAUGAAGAGAUAAUGGUACACGAGGGAGGGACUUUCAUUGGACGCAGGAGCAUCCUUCAUGAAGGGCUAGCGGCCAUUAAUGAAUCAAAAGGUGUAGUAUUGUUCACUGGUAAGCCAGGGUCUGGUAAGACUGCCUUCAUGGCUGAAGUGGCGGAAAAGUUUUCAGAAGAUGCUGUGUCAGUUCAUUUCGUUGGUACAUUCCCAGGCUCUUCGUCAAUAUCAUUCAUAUUAUCAAGUAUUUGUUGGGAGGCCAAGAAGAGGUUUUCGAUCAAGAAACCAAUACCGGGGGAUUACCUGGAACUAGCUAAAGAAUGGAUCACUUUCAUACAAACACAUCAGGUCAGUAAUUACAUUGUCUUUAUUGAUGGAGUUGAGCUGUUGGAUGAUGAGAAUAAUGGCCGCUCGCUGAACUGGAUCCCAACCAACCUUCCUGAUAAUGUCACCAUAGUACUAUCAGUCAAUGAAGGUAGCAGCUGCCUCAAAAUACUCAAAAAACGAGACCCACCACCAAAAGAGGUUAUAGUGGGAAACCUUGACAUGUCAGACAAAGCUGACAUUGUUAGGAGUAAGUUGGCCCAUUACAGAAAGGAGUUGGAUGAGUCUCCAUUUAAUAACCAAAUGAAGCUACUCCUCACCAAGAGAGAGGCUGGUAAUCCUCUCUACCUCCUCUUAGCAUGUGAGGAGCUGAGGAUGUUUGGAGUCUACGAAGAGGUUGGGGCUUUCCUGAAGAAACUCCCCACGACCACAGCCGGUCUCCUCCAGGAUGUACUCUCACGAUUAGAAGAGGAACAUGGAGCAGAGCUGGUGUCUUCAGCACUGACGAUACUGUGUCUAGUGAGAGAUGGACUGAAGGAGACAGAAAUGGCUAACAUUCUCUCUCUCUUAUUCUCAAAUCCUUCAACUGGAGGAAAGGGGCGGGUCCCUCCAUCAGUACUAGCUAGACUCAUAAGAUCAAUGCAAACCUUCCUUCAACCUUACCAGAGCCACGCCUCUGAGACACUGAUACUCUCACACAAGGAGAUUGAGAAAGCAGUGAAGAGCAGAUACUUGAGAGGGGCUGGGGCUGAUAGAGAGAGACAACUUCACAAGAUAAUAGCUCAAUACUUUAGAUCGAACAUAGACCCAACCAAUGACCUCUCCUUCACUGGGACUGAUACUCAUUCAUUCAAUGAGUUACCAUAUCACCUGGUGGCGGCUGGGGACUGGAAGGAACUGGAGACCAUUGCUUGUAAUCUCAAGUUUGCAGUACAAAAGUCCCAGCUUGGUCUCUCCAGGGAGUUAAUGAAUGAUUAUAAUCCGUCACUGGCUAAUGUACCAGCUGCUAAAGCUCGUGAGGUCUCUCGGUUCUUACAGCUACCAAAAGUGGUUAGUUUCAAGGAAUUCAUCUCUCGCAAUCUCCACAUCUUAGUGAACACACCUUCCCUGGCACUCCAACAGGCAGUGAAUGAGCCAGAGUCUUCAAUAGUGUGCAAUGAAGCAAAGGAGCUGCUGGCUAAAGCAUCUUAUCCUCUGGUCUAUUGGAUCAACAAACCAACAGGUUCAUCAUCUUGUAAAAUGACAAUCCCCUCUCAUGGUGACCCAGCCCUUACUAUAGCCGUCUCUCCUGAUGGUCGCUCACUAGUCACAGGACACAAGAGCUCCAUCAUUAGGAUAUAUGACACUGACGCUGGCAAAGAGAUAAAGUCAUUGGUUGGCCACUCCUCUUCAGUAAACUGCCUUUGCUUUGUAUCUCAAGACCGACUGUGUUCAGCUUCUCACGACAACACACUCAGCCUAUGGAACCUCACUGAAGGAUUCCGUCUAUCAGUCCUAAAGGGACACACGAGGAGCGUGAGGUUCUGCUCGGCCAGUGCUAAUGGCAAGAACCUUGUAUCAGUCUCUUGGGAUAAGACCAUUAGGGUCUGGAGAGGUACUGAUGGGUCCCUCGUUAGUGUCCUAAAGGGAGGGAGGAGCACUUCAAUAAACUGCCUCUCAUUCCAUCCUGAGGGUCAGCUAAUAGUCACUGGGUGCUGGGACAGUACUCUCAGGAUAUGGGACACAUUUAAUAAGAAGAAACUGAAGACGCUAAAGGGACACGCCUCUUCUGUUCAAGCUUGUUUGUAUCUCAAAUCAGGACAACACAUAGUCUCCGCCUCUCUUGAUGGAGACGUCCGAAUAUGGUCAUCAAGGACCGGAAUAACAGUUGGCACUAUUAAUGGUCAUGCUGGCCCAAUAACCUCACUGUCCUUCUCUUCCACUGGGGACCAUCUCAUCACAGGAUCCAAUGACAGUCUAGUGAAGGUGUGGUCUGGUACUAUGGGAACUCCAAUUGGGUCACUGGGUAAUGGAGGAGUCAAUGGGAGCAGUAACUGUAUGAGCUAUGAUGCUGGCAGUAAACUGGUCACAGUAGGGUAUCAAGAUGGGAGUGUGGUGCAGUAUCACAUACAAACUGAAGCUGAGGUGUUUCAUCACAGGGUCCAUUCUGGUCCAGUCAAAGUGAUAAUAGCCCAAGGAGGAUCCUUCAUGACAGGUUCAGGAGACCAGACGCUUAAGAUAUGGACUCCAUCCUCUCUUCCUAAAGCAGUAUCACUGGAGGCACACACUGGUCCUAUCACUGCAGCUGUGUGGACCAAACAGGUGCUAGUAUCAGCUGGUGAGGACUUCAUCAUGUACCUUUGGCCCUCAGACACCAGCAGACACUUGAGCAAGAGCAAGAUACCCAGUAUAGAGCCAGUGGGUAAACUAACAGGCCACACUGGACUCAUAGCAAGCAUGAGUAUCAGUAUUGAUGGGAUGACACUGGCCAGUGUCAGUCAUGAUAAGUCCAUCAUGAUCUGGAACAUGUUAAGCAAGAAAUGUAUCCACACAAUACAGGGAGCCCACCCGGACUGGAUCAACAGCUGCUGCUUCACUAAGAGUGGGCCUGAGCUGCUAAUAACUGGAUCCAAUGACUUCAAUAUUAAAGUAUGGGACACCAGUGACUGGAAACUAAAGGCAACUCUUAAAGGCCACACUUCAGCAGUGAACACUGUCUCUAGCAGCAAUGGCUGUAUUGUCUCUGGUAGCAGUGAUGGACUCAUUAAAGUAUGGACCAGGAAAGGAGUAAAGAUAACAACACUAAAGGGACACAGCCAAAGAGUGAACAGUGUCACCAUAAGCUCACUGACUGGAGGGGCCAGUGAUGAGCUAUGGGGGGAGACAGAGGAGGAGGGAGAGGGAGCAGGUGACAUUGACCCCAGUUUGAAAUCAACCCAGUCCAAGAAAGAACUGAGUAAUAUCAUAAUACUCAGUACCAGUGACGAGGGAACUGUCAACAUUUGGAAACCUUUCAUACCCAAUGAACUAAUGACACUCAGUGGGCACUCGGACAGGGUACUAGCAGUGACAUGUUCCCAGUCUGAUACCAUCGUUACCACCUCCUUGGACGAGACUAUUAGAGUCUGGAGACCGGCCCUGCCCCAGCCAGAGAGGCUGCUAGUAGCCAGUGGAUGCACCAGUAGAGCUCACGUGGGGCCAGUGACUGGGGUCAGGUUAGUGAAGGUGGAGUCUAGUGGUAACAUCCUAGCCACUACCAUUGGACGGGACGGGUACUUCAUGGUACAUGUACACAAUGAGACCACACCUCUUUCACACCUCUACAAGGUGAGAGUUUCAGAUAAGGCACUAACUGCCGUUGAGAUGUC